AUGGGAUACCAGAGACAACUGAACUACAGGCAUAACAGUGGAGCAUACAGCACAUUUAGAUACGGAGAAGAGAAUACUUGGUUGACUGCUUUUGUCCUGAGGUCUUUUGGCAGAGCACAGAAAUACAUAUUUAUUGAUCCAGAAAUUAUUCAGAGUGCAAAGGAAUGGUUAAUAAACAGACGGGAUUCAGACGGCUGUUUUAUCCAACAGGGAAGACUGUUCCACAACAGAAUGAAGGGUGGAGUGAAUGAUAAUGUGACCAUGACUGCCUACAUUACUGCAUCAUUGCUUGAACUGGAAACUCCAGUCACUGAUCCUGUCGUCAGUAAAGGUUUGUCAUGCUUGAGGUCCGUCAUUAAGGAUGUCAAAAACAUUUACACCACUGCUCUGCUCACCUACACUUUCAGUCUGGCUAGAAACACGGACACUCGACAGCAGCUUUUCAAGAAACUGGAGGAUGUUGCUAUUUCAGACGGGUCUCUUCUCCACUGGUCUCAGUCUGCAUCUGCUGAUGACUCUGAUUCUCUGGCAGUGGAGAUCAGCUCAUAUGUGCUGCUAGCUGUUCUCACUGCAGAUUCAGUCACUUCAGCUGAUCUGGGCUAUGCUAACAGGAUUGUCAGCUGGCUUGUGAAGCAGCAGAAUGCCUAUGGAGGAUUCUCCUCCACACAGGACACAGUGGUGGCUCUUCAGGCUCUGUCUUUGUACGCCACCAAAGUGUUCAGCUCUGACGGCUCCAGCACAGUGACUGUACAGUCAGCAGGAGACUCUCACCACUUUGAGGUCAAUCAGGACAACAAGUUACUGUACCAGGAGAAGCAGCUGCAGAACGUUCCAGCCAAAUACAGCAUUGAAGUGAAGGGCUCGACCUGUGUGUCUGUGCAGAUGGCUCAGUUCUACAACAUUCCCACUCCUACUGGAGCUAAAACAUUGAGCAUUGAAGCUAAGAUUGAGGAAGAUUGUAAGAAAACCUCUGGACAGUACCUAUUGUUAAACUUCACUGUGAAAUAUGAUGGUCCACAGGCAAGAACUAACAUGGUCAUUGUGGAUAUUAAACUCUUGUCAGGAUUCACAGCUGAUACAUCAAUGCUUGAACCUCAAAGCACUUCAAGCGAAUCACUUGUGGAACGGGUCGAUUCUAAAGAUGAUCAUGUCAUCGUGUAUUUGAAAGAGGUUCCAAAAAAUAUUGCAGUCAAUCACCAGUUACAAUUAAAACAGAUUCUUCCAGUGAAGAAUCUCAAGCCAGCUGUGAUUAAAGUGUAUGAUUACUACCAAACAAGUGAUCUGGUGGAGACUGAGUAUUCAUCUCACUGUGAAUGAAGUGUCGUGCUUCAGUUCUGCAGCUUGGAUAGAUGUGUUUGAAUGCUGACUAAAUGUUUUUAUUCAGUGUUUAUAUCUUUUCCUGGGCAAAUUAGUCUUUGUUUUAUUAAACCCAAACAACCUGAAAACA